ACGUGGAGGAUCGCGUGGAUUAUUACUAACAUGAUCUUGGCAAAAGCUUUCUGCAUCGUCCUCUUCGUAGAUGAAAUUCUCCACUCUCUGGCCGGGGUCACCUCCCCUUUGGGGCAGGACCCCCAUGGCUGGCGGGUGGUGGCCGUGGAUUGCGUCCGAGCCAAUGAGUUGUGUGCUGGGGAACCCAACUGCAGCUCCCGGUACCGAACCUUGAGGCAGUGCCUGGCUGGGAGGGACAGGAACACCAUGCUGGCCAACAAGGAAUGCCAGGCAGCCCUGGAAGUGCUGCAGGAAAGUCCCCUCUAUGAGUGUCGCUGCAAGAGGGGGAUGAAGAAGGAGCUUCAGUGCCUUCAGAUCUACUGGAGCAUUCACCUGGGGCUGACCGAAGGAGAAGAAUUUUAUGAAGCUUCCCCCUACGAGCCAGUCACCUCCCGUCUCUCUGAUAUAUUCAGACUUGCUUCAAUUUUCUCAGGAAUGGAGCCCGCCGCCAACUCCAAAAGCAACCACUGCCUCGACGCGGCCAAAGCCUGCAACCUGAACGACAACUGCAAACGCCUGCGCUCCGCUUACAUCUCCACCUGCAGCAAGGAGCUCUCUGCCACCGAGCCCUGCAGCCGCAGGAAAUGUCACAAAGCCCUGCGACAGUUCUUCGACCGCGUCCCCAGCGAGUACACAUACCGCCUCCUCUUCUGCUCCUGCCGGGACCCGGCCUGCGCCGAGCGCCGCCGCCAAACCAUCGUCCCCUCCUGCUCCUACGAGGACAAGGAGAAACCCAACUGCCUGGAUCUGCGCAGCACCUGCCGGACGGAUCAUCUCUGCAGGUCCAGGCUGGCUGAUUUCCACACCAAUUGCCAAGCUUCCUUCCAGUCCCUCACCAGUUGCCCAGGGGACAAUUACCAGGGCUGUUUGGGCUCCUACGCGGGGCUCAUCGGUUUUGACAUGACACCCAACUACGUGGAUGCCAGCACCACCAGCAUCACCAUCUCCCCCUGGUGCUCCUGCAGAGGCAGCGGCAACCUGGAGGAGGAGUGUGAGAAAUUCCUGCGGGAUUUCACGGAAAAUCCCUGUCUCAGAAACGCCAUCCAAGCCUUUGGCAACGGCACCGAUGUGAACCUCUCCCCCAAGAACCCCCCGCCCCCCAUCACCCCCCCACCCAAAGUGGAGAAGAGCCCUGUCCUGCCCGACGACAUCAAUGACAGCAACACCAUCUAUGACACGAGUGUCAUCACCACCUGCACCUCCAUCCAGGAGCAGGGACUGAAGCCAAACAAGUCCAAAGAGCAGAACCUGUGCUACUCAGAGACCCAGCUCACCACCGACGUGAUGCCGGAGCAGAAAACCUUCGUGGACCAGAAAGGUGGUGGCAGCCGAGGCUGGGGGGGUCAGAUCCUGCCCCUCCUGCCCAUCCUCCUGCUGGAGCUGGCCUUAUAGAGGGGGUACUUUGGGUUUCUUCUCCAAGUCAAGAGCCCACAAGCUCAUGGUGGAACCCACCUGCCCCUCACCCACCAGAUCCCCCAGUGACACUGGGGAAGGAAAAGAAGCACCAAGAAGAGGUUGUUUGCAGGACCCAGGUGAUUUCCAGCCAGGUGGUGCUGGGACAGCAAGGGCUCCACCCUGGAGCAUCCUGAGGGAUGGACUGACCCAUCAGGAGCCUCUUCCACAUCCCCCCAGGGGACUCACUGGAGCUCUUGGAGUUGUUGUGGGGUUUGAUUUCCUUUCCAGUGUUUUUUUUUUUUUUGGGGGGGGGGUGGGAGGAAGAGUUUUGAAAUGGAAGAGCAAAGAAGUCACUAUUCAAACGUUGUGAGGUUGUCCUGGUGUUUUCAAUCUGUCACUUGGAGGGGGAGAGGCCACUUGGGGUUAUUUUUUUUAUUUAUUUUGUUGUUUUUUUCUGGUUUUUUCUGGGUUUUUUUUUAUUUCUUUAUCACGUUGGGGUUGGGAUCUGGCCCAUUGGUGUCAGAAGUCUCUGUCUGUCCCUCUCCCUUUUCUUUCUUUUAUAUAUACAUAUAUAGUGUAUGUAUAUAACACUCACCUAUACCUACAUAUAUUUAUAGACAUAACCAGAUACAUCUACA